CUGGAAAGAGGCGGGCUUUCUCUGGCAUUCCUGACGUUGUGCGUCAUGACCCCGCACGGGAUUGGUGGAAAAAUACGUGCUGAGUUUCUUCUUCUUCCCUAUUGGGUAUUGCGGGUGUCAAUCACAUUCCCUUCCACUCUGUUAUGGAUUACUAUGGAAGGUGGAUGUGGAUAAUAAUCCGAGUGGGCCGCCAUUUUGCCUGUGGUAGUGCUAGCAGGGCCGGAGUGGAAGUUAGGAAGGAGCCCGGAACGUAACCCUGGCAAGAAGGAACAAACCGCGGGUGUUCAUUGGGAUAACUCACUGGGGAAGAUCGGCGCGGUCGUGUGUGGUUUCCCAGUUUGGAAACCCGCUCCCAUCAAACCAGCCUGACUGCUAGCUAGUUAGCCGCCGAGCUAACGGCUAGCUGCGGAGCUAACGGCUAGCCGGGCCAGCUAGCUGUCCGUUGACCGAGCUGUGUUAGUCAGCGGCGGAUUGAAGGUUUCCCCGGCUCUGUACCCGGAUCUCCCGGAGGAUUCUUGUACAUGCUAACAUGCGGAGACUUGACUUUUCAUUUCGGAGACAAAGUGGAGAGUGUCUGUAGAUAAGAGGGGUAUGUGGAGCGGCUUUAAAACUUCAAUCCUGCUGUAGAAAUCAGUGCAGAUCGAUGGAAAAGCAGGCUGUUUAUCGGACUUAAAGUCUCUUUUAUUACCCUGAGAUCGGCCUAUUCAGCCCGGUUUGAUCCCGAGGAACAGCACCAUAACCCGGUAUCUCCCAGCCCGGGUCUGUCCUCACAUAUACGGGUUAAAUGUGUCUUAUUUUAACACUGAACCGUAACAACACUACAUAUUCGGCCCGGGACAUCCGGGACAUGUCUGUGUCCGCCAUCAGAAGCAACGCUACUUGAAUCCUGGUUCUGGUCUCGGUGGGAUUAUAAAUACUAUUCAGGAUCUGGGUCCACGAUGGGAUCAGCCACCAAACUGGCCUUCAGUGUGUUCCUUAUCUCCUGCUCCUCAGGUGCCAUCCUGGGACGCUCAGACACUCAGGAGUGCGUCCACUACAGCUACAGCCCUUCGUCCUCGCUGUCCUCGCUGUCCUCGGCGUCCUCGGAGAGUCGGGGGAACCUGAGCGGCGUGGUCACCUGCUCCGGAGAAAAGGACAAGAGACUUCACUGCUUCGCUACCUGGAGGAACGUCUCAGGAGACGUUAGGGUGGUGAAACAGGGCUGCUGGCUGGACGACCCUGACUGUUACGACAGUUUCAGGGACUUUAAGAGUAAGAACGUGCUGCUGAAGUCUAACCUGACCGCCUGCAUCGCUGACUUCGGCCUCGCGCUGCGGUUCGACGCGGGGACGUCUCCCGGAGACACACACGGACAGGUGGGGACCAGGCGGUACAUGGCCCCUGAGGUCCUGGAGGGGGCCAUCAGCUUCCAGAGAGACUCCUUCCUGAGGAUAGACAUGUACGCUGUGGGGCUGGUGUUGUGGGAGCUGGCGUCCCGCUGCAAGGCUGCCGACGGUGAGACACACCUGGUCCCCCCUGGUGACAGGGGGACACCUGGUCCCCAACGCACCCGGUACCCGACACACCUGGUCCCCCCUUGUGACAGGGGGACACCUGGUCCCCAACGCACCCAGUACCCGACACACCUGGUCCCCCCUGGUGACAGGGGGACACCUGGUUCCCAACACACCCGGUCCCCGACACAUCUGUUCCCCGACAACCUAGUCCCCCCCCAGGUGACGGGGACACAUGUUCCCCGACACACCUAG